AAGCAGCCAUAUCUCACAAUGGUAAUUGAAAGUUUAAUGCAUGUCACUAAUGUUUUAUAUUCUCUAUGUUCUUUAUGCUUUUAUCAAACUCAUAACAUAUCAAUUAGCUUGUGAUGUAGUGAACAAGCAAUACUAACAGUUAAUAUUUUCUAAUUUACUUUUCUGUUCCUUUUUGGAAGGCUACAAAAUCUAUAGGUGCCAACACAACUGUGCCAACACAAGAUCUCCACACUACCACUGUGUGUGCUCAACCAUUACUGGCAAAACAACUUCAUGCAUAAAGCACCUGCAGACCUGCCCUGGCAUGAGGACACCACCUCCAUCUCAAGGCCUCAGCACGCCGAACCCAAUGCCAGCCACGCACCCGCCACCUCCAUCUCAAGGCCUCAGCACGCCAAGCCCAAUGCCAGCCACGCACCCGCCACCUCCAUCUCAAGGCCUCAGCACGCCGAGCCCAAUGCCAGCCACGCACCCGCCACCUCCAUCUCAAGGCCUCAGCACGCCGAGCCCAAUGCCAGCCACGCACCCGCCACCUCCAUCUCAAGGCCUCAGCACGCCGAGCCCAAUGCCAGCCACGCACCCGCCACCUCCAUCUCAAGGCCUCAGCACGCCGAGCCCAAUGCCAGCCACGCACCCGCCACCUCCAUCUCAAGGCCUCAGCACGCCGAGCCCAAUGCCAGCCACGCACCCGCCACCUCCAUCUCAAGGCCUCAGCACGCCGAGCCCAAUGCCAGCCACGCACCCGCCACCUCCAUCUCAAGGCCUCAGCACGCCGAGCCCAAUGCCAGCCACGCACCCGCCACCUCCAUCCAAAAUAAAACGUGUGCCGAGGACCACUUGUUGCUUUUGCAACUUAGUUCUGAACAAGAAGAACAUCAAACUGCACAUAAGAAGAGUAGGGCUGUGUAG